AUGACAUCAACAAAGAAGAAACAACAUAGUGGCCAGACUCAUCAUCAGGUACAGUCACUUCAUAAGAAACAUAAGGCGCCAUCCAACAACAAUGACGAUGAUAGUCUGGAGGGAGAGGAAGGUCAAGAUUAUGUCUAUGAUGAAUUUAUACUGUCCCUGACCAAGACCAACAUUGCUCAUUUUGAACACUCUACUCCACUUCACAAGAAGAGGAGGACCGAUCAUAAGGACCUGUCUUCCAGACAUGAGAUAGUGGUGUCGCACCGUGAUGAAUCUCUACAGAGUAUAUUCGACAAACUACUCAAGAACAAGAUCCUCUCCUGUCCAGUGUUGAAACAAGGUGGUUUGUUCUAUGGAAUGGUUGACCUAUUAGACAUUAUCAAAUUCAUCGUCGAUGAGACUGGAAAGAAACAUUUCAAGAAGGCCACAUCAUUCUUUGAGGUUGAGGAGUUCAAGAACGUGAACGUAGGCCAACUUAUGGAGUAUCCAUAUGGUAAAUCGAUUAAAUAUCAAAAGCUGUCACCAUCCACCUCCUUGUUCACUGCAUUUGAAUCCCUUGCAAAACAAUCAAUCAACAGGAUUGCAGUGGUGGACGACCGUGAGGAGGUGGUGGACAUCAUCACAGAGUUCGACUUGAUCCAUUGGGUCUAUGACAAUGUCGAAAAACUUGGAUCCAGAAGAUCAAGAAAGGUGUCGCAAAUCAACGCUGCCAACCAAUACGUCAUGUCGGUGCUAGAGGACGAGCAGGUGAUUGACGCCUUUAAGCUCAUCAAGAUAAUGGGCGUUGGUGGAGUGGCAGUAAUCCAGGAGAACGGAACACUGGUGGGCAAUCUAUCUGCAAGAGAUAUCAAGAAGAUUGGCAAUGCUGGUGAGAAUUGGAAGCGAUUGUUCUCGCCUGUGUUUGAGUUCAUAGACAGGGAGCCUAUCACCUGCUCGCUCGAUGACACACUCGAGGAUAUUCUGGAGAUCUUUGUCAACAAAUCCGUGCACCGUGUCUACAUCGUUGACGAGAUGUUCAAGACGAUAGGUGUGGUCACAUUGCGUGACAUCAUUGGUGAAUUGAUGCCAAUGUCAUCUCAUAGCAUGCCAGUACCUCUGUUUGACAGCGAGUUCCGUAGCAACAUGUCCAACAUUCCUCCAGACAUACCAAAGGUAGUGCCAACAGCCUCGGCAACUGCUGUUGCACAGCCUCGAGUAACUCCGGUUGUUCAAUAG